AUGACCACCAUGAAGGGAAACGGUCUGGUUGCAUUGCUGGUUGCAGGUUUGGGAGUCAUAGGAAUCUUAGUGUCAGCAGCUACAGAAGAUUCCCAGUGCCAGCGAGCUGAGCACCCUGUUAUAAUGUAUAAAGAAAUUGCCCCCUGGUUACGUGUGUUCAGAGCAGAGAAUGCUGUGGACUUCUCACAAUUAACAUUUGACCCAGGACAAAAAGAACUUAUUGCUGGAGCAAGAAACUACCUCUUCAGGUUACAUCUUGAAGAUCUAUCUCUAAUCCAGGCAGUGGAGUGGCAGUGUGAUGAAGCUACUAAAAGAGCCUGUUACAGUAAGGGCAAAUCGAAGGAAGAAUGCCAGAACUAUAUCCGUGUGCUUCUCGUUGGCGGUGACCGGCUCUUCACCUGUGGAACCAAUGCUUUCACUCCUAUUUGCACCAAUCGGACGUUAAGCAACCUGACAGAGAUACAUGAUCAGAUCAGUGGCAUGGCUCGCUGUCCAUACAGUCCUCAACACAAUUCCACAGCUCUUCUCACUUCCAGUGGGGAGUUAUAUGCUGCUACAGCCAUGGAUUUCCCAGGAAGGGAUCCUGCCAUUUACCGCAGUCUGGGGGCUCUUCCUCCUCUCCGCACUGCACAGUACAACUCCAAGUGGCUCAAUGAGCCAAAUUUUGUGUCAUCCUAUGACAUUGGAAACUUCACCUACUUCUUCUUCCGAGAGAAUGCAGUAGAGCAUGACUGUGGAAAAACAGUCUUUUCCCGGGCUGCUCGGGUCUGUAAAAAUGAUAUUGGGGGCAGAUUUUUGCUAGAGGACACCUGGACAACCUUUAUGAAGGCUCGUCUGAACUGCUCUCGCCCUGGAGAAAUUCCAUUUUACUACAAUGAAUUACAAAGCACUUUCUUCCUGCCAGAAUUGGACUUAAUCUAUGGGAUCUUUACAACUAAUGUGAACAGCAUAGCUGCUUCAGCAGUUUGUGUUUUCAACUUGAGUGCCAUAACUCAGGCCUUCAACGGACCAUUCAAAUAUCAGGAGAACUCCCGCUCUGCCUGGUUGCCUUACCCCAAUCCCAACCCUAAUUUCCAGUGCGGUACAAUGGACCAGGGUCUGUACAUGAAUCUGACUGAGAGGAAUCUUCAGGAUGCCCAAAAAUUUAUUCUAAUGCAUGAGGUGGUUCAGCCUGUUAUUCCAAUUCCUUACUUCAUGGAGGACAACAGCCGGUUUUCCCAUGUGGCAGUGGAUGUGGUGCAGGGCAAGGACAUGCUUUUCCAUAUCAUCUAUCUGGCCACAGACUAUGGCACUAUUAAGAAAGUACUCGCUCCAAUGAAUCAGACUUCAAGCAGCUGCUUACUUGAAGAAAUUGAGCUCUUUCCACGGAGGCAGAAAGAACUUAUCAGGAGCCUGCAGAUUCUGCAUAGCCAGAGUGUUCUCUUUGUGGGGCUUCAGGAACAUGUAGUAAAGAUUCCCCUGAAGAGGUGUCUGUUUUACAAAACACACAGUGCAUGUAUUGGAUCCCAGGAUCCUUACUGUGGAUGGGACAUGGUGAUGAAGAAAUGCACAACAUUGGAAGAAAGUCUAAGCAUGAGUCAGUGGGAACAAAGCAUCACUGUGUGUCCAACCAGGAAUUUGACUGUGGACGGGAAUUUUGGAAUGUGGUCUCAAUGGAAACCCUGCACCCACACUGAUGGUACCAGUGUUGGCUCCUGCCUCUGCAGAACUCGCUUGUGUGACAGUCCAGCGCCUCAGUGUGGAGGCUGGCAGUGCGAAGGACCAAGUAUGGAGAUUGCCAACUGCUCCAGAAAUGGGGGCUGGACUCCAUGGACUUCCUGGUCACCCUGCAGUACCACCUGUGGAAUUGGUUUUCAAGUCCGCCAGCGUUCGUGCAGCAAUCCAACUCCUCGGCACGGGGGCCGUGUGUGUGUGGGACAGAACCGUGAGGAGAGAUACUGCAAUGAGCACUUGCUGUGCCCUCCACAUAUAUUUUGGACAGGCUGGGGUCCGUGGGAACGUUGCACUACCCAAUGUGGGGGUGGGAUUCAGGCUCGUCGCAGGACGUGUGAGAAUGGCCCUGACUGCCCUGGCUGUAAUGUGGAGUAUCAACCUUGUAACACCAAUCCCUGUCCAGAGCUGAAAAAGACCACCCCCUGGACUCCCUGGACUCCGGUCAAUAUCUCAGACAAUGGUGGCCACUAUGAACAACGAUUCCGAUACACUUGCAAGGCACGCUUGCCUGACCCAAAUUUGCUAGAGGUUGGAAGACAAAGGAUUGAAAUGCGUUACUGUUCCAGUGAUGGUACCAGCGGAUGCUCAACAGAUGGACUGUCAGGGGAUUUCUUGCGUUCUGGACGAUACUCCGCUCAUACAAUUAAUGGAGCCUGGUCACCAUGGACUCCAUGGUCUCAGUGCAGUCGAGACUGCAGCAGAGGUAUUCGCAACCGCAAACGUGUCUGCAACAAUCCUGAGCCCAAAUAUGGGGGUCUUCCGUGUCUGGGCCCAUCUCUGGAGUACCAGGAAUGCAACAUCUUGCCUUGUCCAGUUGAUGGAGGUUGGUCUUGUUGGUCAUCAUGGUCAAAGUGCUCAGCAACUUGUGGAGGUGGACAUUACAUGAGGACCCGCUCAUGCACAAACCCAGCCCCAGCCUAUGGAGGGGACAUCUGCCUUGGACUUCACACUGAAGAGGCACUUUGCAACACACAACCCUGUCCAGACAACUGGUCUGACUGGUCUGAGUGGUCUGAUUGUGAUUCAUCUGGAGUCCAGUUCCGCGUUCGUCAGUGUAUCAUUCUAUUUCCUGUGGGAAACCAGUGUUCUGGGAACACCACUGAGAGUCGAGCUUGUAUUUUCGAUUCUAACUUCAUACCUGAAAUAUCAGUAGCAAGAUCUAGCAGCAUAGAAGAAAAACUAUGUGGUGAGUUUAACAUGUUCCACAUGAUUGCAGUGGGCUUGAGCAGUUCUAUACUUGGCUGCCUCCUUACACUGCUUGUUUACACUUACUGCCAACGCUAUCAGCAGCAAUCCCAUGAUGCAACUGUUAUCCAUCCAGUGUCGCCAGCUCCUCUUAAUACCAGUAUCACUAACCAUAUCAACAAACUGGACAAAUAUGAUUCUGUAGAAGCCAUCAAGGCAUUUAACAAAAACAACCUGAUCUUGGAGGAGAGAAACAAAUACUUCAAUCCACAUCUUACUGCAAAGACCUAUUCUAAUGCCUAUUUUACAGAUCUCAAUAAUUAUGAUGAGUACUAA